GCUGCGUGUUGCUUAGCAACAGACUAAAUAUAGUAAUUACGCGACGAUAAUCCAAGUCAGUGACAACCUGACAAGAUAGCUAGCUGGUGCGGGGGGCUUAGCGCGCAACAUCAUCGCCGUGCGUUUGCACUUACCGGUACAUUGCGCAGCCGGGUUUUGCGGCUUUCGCACCGGAGCAAAUGGAGAGUCUGCUGCAGUCCUCUGAGCUGCAGGCUCACCUCGUGCUGGCCCUGGCAGGCCUCUCUAGCGCCUACAUCGCUCUGGCGCGCCCCACUCUUACUCACCGCCGCAACGCUGCUAACACCAAACACAAGGCAGCCAGUAACGGUAGCGCCCCCGGCAGUGGCAGCGACAGCAGCCAUGGAAGCCCGCCUGCUACCCUCUUCGAAGCCGGCUGCAGCCCCGCCCUCUCCUCCACCACCCUAGCCGCCAUGCGCGCCGUGCUCGCAAUCUACAUUUUCACCCUCGGCGGGCUGCAGCUGUCGAAACUUGGCGGUUUCGUUUUCAAAUUUUACACCAUUUGGAACUGGUGGUUGCUGGGGCUGUACUUUGCGCUAGCAGCGGUGGCUUCGGCGCUGUGCGCACGAGCUGAGAAGGCUGCUGCUGCUGCUACUACUGUCGGAACCAGGGCAAGCACAGUAGCAGACGGGAGCGCUCAACAGCGAGGGCCUGAGGGAGCCACAUCUACCGGCGACAGGAAGCAGGAGCAGCAGCAGCAGCCGGCGGCCGCCUGGCUGCACCGAGCCACGCCGCUAUCUCGCGCCUGCCAUGCGCUGUUCAUGGUCAACUCCUCUACCGUGGUUAUCGUGGAUGUGGUGUGUUGGGCGGUGCUGUACCCCAUGUUGAGCCGCGGGCCGCAAACGGAGGAGGUUACCCGAAUCAUCCGCCGUCUGCUGCUGUCCUUCACCUCCUACAACCAGCACGGCCUCAACGCGCUGUUCAUCUUCUGUGACCUGCUAGCCAACCGGCAGCGGCUGGCCUUCCACGCGGUGGGGCCGCUGGGGCUGUGGUCGCUGGCGUACUCGGGAUGGGCGCAUGCGUGGCAUGCAAUGUCGGGGAACUGGUUGUACCCCUUCCUGGACACCAGCAAGCCCUGGGCCCCGGUGGCCUACCUGGGGCUGUAUGCCGUACACUGGCUCGCGUUUGGGCUGGUGGCGCUGUUGUACCGCGUCAAGGGGGCGCUGUACGACAGGUUUGGGGUGUCGUACGGAGCCCCGGAGGUGCAGGAAUCUUCACAAGAGGAGGUGUACGGCGUGGUCCGAGCCAAGAAGGAUUGAGCGAGCGAGCGGGGGAAAGGAGUUGUUAUGCACGUGUGCAAUGGAAAGCAAGGAGUUGUUAUGCACGUGUGCAAUGGAAAGCAAGGAGGAGGCACGUGCGGGUUGCCGGUAUGCGUGUGCAGAGUGCGUGGGCAGAGGUGGAAGGCAGGGAAGGACUGGCUGAACGUGAAGAUGCACAGACGCAGAAGGGCGAGUGGCCACGGGAGUGGAGUGGAGUGUGAGGCAGCGUGGGAAUCAGCGGCUUCUUCAUGAUAAGAUGAAAACAAGUUUAUGAUACGAUGAAGACAAGAAAGGUAUCCCAGGGGCCCAUCGUGGUCCUUAUUGGACUGCCCUUGCUGCUGAGCGGAAGUCAAUUGCUGCGGCCCGAGUGGAGGAAGGUGAGAGCAGCAUACACAUUGGUCUAGAAAGGCUGGAGCGCGACGCGGCCGCUGAAAAUGGGUGCACAUUUGAACCUUUUAUAACGCACGUAUGGCUCACAUGGAGGACUUGGCGGGGAGUAGAUUGGAUUGCUGUGCGGUUGCACAACAUGCCUAGUUGGCCCCUUUAGAGAAGGCAGCGCGUGUAGUACCACGGUGUGGCUAAUACUGGAGAAGAAAACUCGAGGCUUGGUAAGUGGGUUUAGACGUGCUGCCUGCAUGCGCUUUGAGGCCUGAAGGGACCCGCCGUCUGGGCAAGUCCGCACCACUGUGCCAUCCUAGCAGCGGUUGAUGUUGCUGGUUUGACGUGUGGCACGCGAGGGAAUGCACGUGGUUUACCAUUUGGAGACGCUGUGCGGCCAUAAAUUUCUGCGUCCACGGGUUCGUGCGGCUGUCGGGUGCGGUCGGAUGUAAUGAGGAAGGGAUG